AGGAGCGCGUGCCGUCAGUCCCAGGGGACGAUGAAUUUGCGGAGGUAGACUGCGUUUUACUCACUCUCCCUUCAAGUGGGUUUGAGGUUUUCGUACCAUUUUUUAAGUGCAAGUAGGAGGUGAUGUUAAGCUCCUGGCGCGCACACAGAUGUGUUUCUAAAAGCCUACACUGCGGUAGAAUGAGCGACUCAUUUACGACCUUCUACUAUGACGGAAACUUAAAUUCAGCUGAAUGACUUUAUGGAUUAGCGCGUGCUGGGGAGGACUGGCUAUGUAACUGACACAGGGAUUAACGAAGCUCGUCCAAACAGCAUCCAUCCAUCUGGAAGGAACGUUAGUCUCUGCAGACUCCGUUCUCCUCCAUUCAUCCGUUACUAUGUAAGACAGUGGUACCAGUUCCUCUGCAGAAACACGCGCGGUUGCUUAGUUUCUGAUGCUUGGCUGUGAAACAAUCAGUCGAUCAGCAACAAAACCCGGUUUUCUCCAUUUCAUAUGGGCGAAGACGAGGAGUGCUCCAGCGCCCCUUCACGCCGCGGAGGAAAUGCAGAGAACGGAAAGAGCGGAGCCGCUCUGGACCCAGAAAGAGAAAAGAGGUAUGCGGAGCUGUUCGAGCAACUGGACUUGAAUAAAGAUGGCAGGGUUGACAUCAAUGAACUGAAGACCGGACUGGCAACUCGUGGUAUACAACUCCGAGAGGCUGAGAAGAUAGUCCUUGAGAGCGACACCAACCAUGAUGGUCUGCUGGAUUUCCAGGAGUUCUCUCAGUACCUCCAGACUCACGAGAAAAGACUCUGGCUCAUGUUCCACAGACUGGACCGCAACAAUGACGGGCAAAUUGAUGUGGGGGAGAUCCAGCACUCACUACAAAAGCUUGGAGUGGAGGUUACCAUGGAACAGGCCUCCAAAAUACUGCAGAGUAUGGACAGAGAUGGGACUAUGACUAUUGACUGGAAUGAAUGGCGCGAUCACUUCCUGUUCAACCCUUUGCACAACAUGGAGGAAAUUGUCCACCACUGGAAGCACUCCCAUAUGUUUGACAUCGGGGAACACCUGACAGUGCCUGAUGAGUUUUCAGAGCGGGAGCGGCAAUCAGGUUUGGUAUGGAGGCAGCUGGUUGCUGGAGCCAUGGCAGGGGCAGUGUCCCGGACAGGAACGGCUCCACUGGACCGUCUCAAGGUCUUCCUGCAAGUACAUGGCUCCACAGCUCGAGAGAUUAAUCUGUGGUUUGGCCUGAGGGGGAUGGUCCAGGAGGGAGGUGUGCUUUCACUCUGGAGGGGAAAUGGCAUCAACGUCCUCAAAAUUGCCCCUGAAUCCGCCAUUAAGUUUAUGGCCUACGAACAGAUCAAGUGGCUGAUCCGAGGUAAUAAAGAGGGGGGCAGUUUAAGGGUACAAGAGAGGUUCAUUGCUGGGUCGCUUGCAGGAGCUACUGCCCAGACUAUCAUCUAUCCCAUGGAGGUGCUGAAAACUCGCCUUACAUUAAGGAAGACCGGACAGUACUCAGGUAUGGCUGACUGUGCCAGACAGAUUCUGAAGACUGAGGGUAUCCGAGCAUUCUACAGAGGAUACCUGCCCAAUACAAUGGGCAUCAUUCCAUAUGCUGGCAUUGACUUGGCUGUGUAUGAGACCCUGAAGAAUGCCUGGCUCCAGAGGUACUGUGUCAACUCAGCAGACCCAGGAGUUUUGGUCCUGCUGGGCUGUGGUACUGUCUCCAGCACCUGUGGCCAGCUAGCGUCAUAUCCCCUCGCUCUCAUCCGGACUCGCAUGCAGGCACAGGCCAUUACUGAGGGUAAACCCAAGCUGACCAUGGUGGGUCAGUUCAAAUACAUCAUAUCUCAUGAAGGUGUGCCAGGUCUGUACCGAGGCAUCACGCCCAACUUCCUCAAAGUUAUUCCUGCUGUCAGCAUCUCCUAUGUGGUCUACGAGCACAUGAAGAAGGUCCUUGGAGUGGUUUACUAGACUGAUGCGACAAACACAAAGAACUGUGGAGGCAGAAACACAUUUUGCUUGUUAGAAGAAGCAGAAGUGGAGAAUUAAGCUUCUCGGGCCUCUGAAGAGAGAAGAUGAAGGAUCAGUGCACCGAUGCCAUAAAACAUCUGUGGACACCAUCAACUUCCAACCUUUUUAAAGUGCAGGUACUAGGUCAGCAGGAUAAAUUUAUUGAUCUUGGAGAGGAGAAUGAGGCUAAUGAUGCCCACUCUAACACUAAUAUGUUAUGCUUGAGGAAUCAUCAAAAAGUUCUUAGGAAUGAAAAUUCUUACCCUAUUCUCCUCACCCUUAUCCAGAUGGACUCACUUGCGGCUGCUAUUUUUUGUGUUCUCCUUCUCCAUCCAAUGUCUCAGCACAUUUCAGUAGAACUCCACAUUUACAUUGUCAUAAAUUUAUAGUGCACAGUACAUGUCACAAAAAAAGGACAAGGAUUCUCCUGAUCUUGUUUCUCACUUUUUUCCAUGGCCCUUUUUCCAGAAUGUUUGGAUAACGUCUCAUACAAGCAAGAGUUGAAUCCCAGAAUUUUUGUCAUGUAAGCCAGCGUUCCCCAACCCCCGGGCCUCGGACCGGUACCGGUCCAUGAGUCGUUUGGUACCGGGCCGCGAGAGUUGAGGCUCAGGUGUGAAAUGUAUGGUUUUCAGGGUUUUUAUCGGUUUUCAGCGUUAUUUUGUUGUCGUUUUUAUCGUUAACUCGGUUUUCCUGGGUCUUUUCACGUGUGUUAUGAAUAAAUCUUCUUUUUUUCGGUACCGGUACUAGUUUUAUUUUGUUGUAUUUAUCCGCGACACCUUAAAGGCCGGUCCGUGAAAAUAUUGUCGGGCAUAAACCGGUCCGUGGCGCAAAAAAGGUUGGGGACCGCUGAUGUAAGCGACAUUUUGGGUUGGUUUAAAGGUAUCAAUAUGUAGUAUAUCAAUAUCUGAUAAUGAUUUAGGAAAGGUCACAAAAUACAUGAGAUUCCAACAACAGGUUAUCAGAUUCCAAAAAGGAGGACUUCUCAUAAUUUUGUCGAAACAAACGUGAGGUAAACAGCUGGGUUUGCUUGUUCAAGUUAUAAAAUAAUAUAGAAGCAGUGUGUGCAUGUGAGCUGCAGCAUGACUUAGCUGUGCAUUGCUGUAAACCUUUGAAACCUUUAACUGUUUUGCUGCUAGCUAUUGCUGGAAACUACAUUGAAAUAAAUGGAGAAGAUGGAUUUCUUGCAUGUAGUGAAAAUGUGGAUGUGAACACAAAACUUGGCUUGAUAUGAAGAGUUUAUGCUCCAUUUUUUUCAACAGUGUACCUUCCUGCAAGUUUCCAAAAGGAACAGGAUGAGGAAAAAAAAUCUUAGCUUAAACAAACCUGGCUGUAAUCUUAAAAGGACUAUAGGCCAUCUCUUGACCUAUGACAGACGGGAUAUGCUUCAAAAUAGAAAACCUAUGAAAUGUCUGAACUUAGGAAAUGUACCAUUUUAAGAAAAUAUUAGCUUAUUUUAAAUUUAAUAUAAGCAACACAUCUCAAAAGAUUUGGGUGGGGACAACAGAUGGCUGAAAAUGUAAGUGGUACUAAAAAGUAAUAGCUUGACAAACUAGCAACAGGUCUGCAACAUGACUUUUAAAAAAUAUAAAAUAUAAAUAAUAUAAAACAUAAAGCAAUGUUGGGAAGAGGUUCACCAGUCUGCAAAAACACUAUGACUACAAAUUGUGGAAAGAUUUCAUGGAAACAUUUUGUUGCAGGACAUAAAAUGAGUUGAAAUAUCUCGUCAUCUACAGUACAUAAUAACAUCAGAAGAGUCUAGAAAUCUUGAGAAAUCUCUGUAUACAAGGAACAAGACCAAAAAUCUAUAUUGAAUGCUUGUGAUAUUCAGGCCUAUAAAAAACAAACAAAAACUGAUUCUGUAAUGGAAAACUGAUAGGGGUUCGGGAGUGCUUUCAGAAAUCAUUGUUUGUGAAGACCGUCUGUUGUGCAGAUUAAAAUGUUGUCAUGUAAAGAAGCCCCCAUAUAUGAGCAUCAUCUUCUGGACCAAAUUCAUUUAAAAUGGACUAAAUAGACUGACAAACCAGAAAACCAUUCUGUAGUCAGACAAAUCAAAAUCUGAAAUUCUUUUUGGAAAACAUGGAGAAAGCAUCCUCCAGACCAAAGAGGAGAUGGAUCAUACAGAUUGUUAUCAGCACACAUGUCAAAAGCAUGCAUAUCUGAUAGCAUGGAGGUAUAUUAGCACCUGUGGAUUUGGUAGCUUGCAUAUCUGGAAAGGCGUCAUCAAUUGCAAAAGGUAUAUAAAGGCAGUGUUGGGGAGUAACGGAAUACAUGUACUGGCGUUACUUAUUUAAAAUACAAAAUAUGAGUAACUGUAUUCCAUUACAGUUACCAUUUAAAAAGGUGAUAUUCAGAAUACAGUUACUUUGUUGAAAUAAAUGGAUUACACGGCGGUCUUUUCCUGUUUCAUAUGUUAUGCCCUCUCUAUUUUUGGUAAUUCCACGCCGGUGGAAACCCAAACAAAACAGGCAUUAAGAGGCUCUAAUGCCUGUGUCUCAAUCUCACGGCCCAUGUUACCUCUGCUUGUGGCCCGCAUAAUGACGUGAAGAAAUAUUUUUAAAAAUUAUUGUUCAAAAAAUGAUUUAAUAUGAAGGCAAUAGGAAGAGUGUUUCAGGCAUAUCUCUAAAGAAUGUAGCCUGAUGGGCAGUGUAGCCCAGUUGUAUGUAAGCUAUUAAGACUCGACUGUACACCGUGUUCGUGUUUUCCUCCGAAACAAUAAGUUCCGUUGGAGCAGCCUUUCAACGCCUCUCUCUGUCUCUCGCUAGCAAAGUUGACCCAGACAACAAAGUAAAGCUAGUUUUCAGCUACGAGCCCGACACGAACCCGACGUAUUAGCCAGAGGUCCCUUUACUACGGUUCGGAGCUGCGGACCUGUUUUACAUAGGCGCGGAAUAGUUUUCUAUACGAGAUCGCUGCAAAAAGUGCAGCCUUACCUAAUGUCCACCUACUGUUACUCAUUUAUAUUAAGGUUUAAACAUCUAGUUGGUAUUGGUAUGGAGAGUAACCUUCAGUAAUAGUAAUAAAUCACACAGCAAUAGUACAUUCAUGUAGUUGUAAAAAGCAUGAUAAUAUAUUACUCUCCAUUGAGUAACGUAACGGAAUACGUUACAAAAUACAUUUUGGGGCAUGUAAUCUGUAAUCUGUAGUGGAAUACAUUUUAAAAGUUGCUGGACUUUCCCAAAAGUCCAGAAACUUCUUCCAUCAGUUCCCAGAUCUGUCCCAACAUUUGAGAUGUGUUCUGACAUCAAAUUUAAAAUGAGCUAAUAUUUUUCUUAAUAUGGUGCAUUUUCUCAGUUAUAACAUUUAAUGUUUUCAGUUUCUGUUUUGAAUAAAUAGAUUUUCUAUAUGUGAAUAAAAAUGGGUUCAUUAGUUUUGAAAA